UGGGACCCCCUGGCCUAGGUGUCAGCCCUGCUUCCAGAGCUUCUCAGGACCAGAGGUGGCUGCUGGAGGUGCAACUUCACACCUCCCAACACAUAUAUGGAGCAGCCUGCCUGGUCCUCCUCACUAUCCUCUGCCUGCCUUACCAGCAAGACACUGACCACUCACAGCUCAGGGAAGAGCUUCCAACCACAGCGCCGACUACAACUACAACAGCAGCAGCUAUGGAGGUGUCCUACUGCUAUCCUCUCCAGCUCCAGGACAACUCCUUCCUGUUUGACUGCGAGUCCUUGCUGGACAAAUCCUAUGAUCCUCUUGCCUACGAUCCAGCCUUGGACCCGGGCUACUCCAGUGCUGGCAGCAGCCUGUCUCCCACCUCUUCUGUGGACUCCUUCUGCUUCUCCCCUACCUCCCUCCAGACUGCCGGAAAUGAACAAAACAUAUUGGACAGCAUUGUCUUUAAAAGCCCUGCAACGCCUCGUCAUACCAACGAGACACAGACUCUACCCUGCUCAAGAUCCUCCAAUCCAAACACCUCCACCACAAAGAAAUCCAGAUCCAGGUAUCCGGGGAAGAAGCGCCAGACAGCCAGCGAGAGAGAAAAGCUGAGGAUGAGGGAUCUGACCAAGGCCCUGCAACACCUCAGGACGUACCUGCCGCCCUCAGUGGCGCCAGCCGGACAGACCCUGACCAAGAUCGAUACGCUGCGCCUCACCAUCCGUUACAUCUCUUACCUGUCGGCUCAGCUGGGCCUCAGCGAGGAGGUGCUGGAACAGAGGUCCUCAGGUUUUGUGGAGCAGCCCCGAAACCUGAGCCAGUUCCUGGGUCAGCCAACAGCCAGCUACAGCCCACAAGAACCAGACUGUAACUCCAUGAGCCCAGCCCAGCUGUCCUCUCUGCAGCACUCAUAUCAGGUACGUUCAUAUCGUGGUCAUACAAUUCCACACAUUUCAUAG